CUGUGUGCACUGAGUCAUUAAAAACCUGUGGAAUAGUCAGCCAUGGCUGCACAAAAAUAAAUAUACAGCUGACUCCUUUGCUGUGGUGUGCCUGCUGCUGUUAACUGUGAUGACGAUUUCAGACCCUUCAACUCAAGUCUUGAUAGAGAAAGAACCCAGAAGGCAGAGGGCGGUGGCCGCGCAGUGCUGAGGAGCGGAGUCCCGGGCGCGCUGCCGGAGCGCGGGGCUGGCGCCGCUCGCUGGGAGCGCUCAGCAUGAGCCCGGCCGUACGGAAGGUGGAGGCUUCGGGCGAGGGCCGCUUCGUCUGCGUGCAGUGGGAGGACGGCAGCGAGAGCAGCUACCCCUGCGUCUGGCUGAGGGACAGCUGCCAGUGCCCCCUCUGCUUCCUGCCCUCCGCCGGAGCGCGCAGGCUGCUCCUCGAGGAUUUGGAUCUCAACAUCGCGGUGAAGCAGGUUGCUCUGGCAGAUAGCAAAAAGAUCUCUAUUACAUGGCCUGAUGAACACACAAGUGAAUAUGAAGCUGAGUGGUUGAAAAAACGAUGCUUCUCUGAAGAAGCCAGAGCUGUAAUGCAAGCAGAUUUAUUUUUACCAGAACGUCAGUACUGGGGCUCAGACCUUCAACUUCCCGAAAUAGCUUUUGAAGAAAUCAUGUACAAUGAUGAAAGUGCAUACAAGUGGUUGUGCACCCUAAAGAAAGUAGGAAUUGUUCUACUGACAGGAGCUGCUACAAGGCAGGGAGAAUUGAUUAGACUUGGCCACAGGAUUGGGUUCCUUCGUCUCACAUUUUAUGGACCAACUUGGCAAGUGCAAGACAAAGCAGAUGCUAACAACGUAGCUUAUACAACUGGGAGACUCUGUUUUCACACUGAUUAUCCAGUUCUGCAGCAUCCACCUGGGGUUCAAUUUCUUCACUGUAUAAAGCAAACAGCUGCAGGAGGUGAAAGUGAAGUUGUAGAUGGAUUUCAUGUAUCCAACAAGCUGAAGAAACAAAAUCCUGAGGCAUAUCAGAUCCUGACCUCUACUGCUGUAGACUACACUGAUGUUGGGGUGGAUUACUGUGAUUUUGCCGUGCACUGUAAACAAACGAUUAUAGACACGGAUUCCACAGGCCAAGCAACUCGCAUCAAUUUUAAUAAUGCAACAAGAGACACUGUGUUUGAUAUACCAGCUGAAAAAGUGAGGCCAUUUUAUGCAGCUCUAAAGGAAUUUAAUGAUUUAUUGAACAGCGCAGAACACAAGUUUACUUACAAGCUGAAACCAGGAGACAUACUGACAUUUGAUAACUGGCGUGUGCUUCAUGGUCGCCAAAGCUACCCAUCCUGUACAGAAGUGACACGUCACCUGGAAGGUGCCUAUGCAGACUGGGAUGUAGUCAUGUCAAGGCUCCAGCUCCUUAGGAAAAGGGUCCUGAAUAGGGAUUGAGCUUUCUUCUAACUAGAAUGAGCGAAACGUAAAUUAUCUAACCUCAGUCACAACAGCAAUAUUAAAAAAAAUGAGUCUUCUUUUCAGAAACUAAUAUCACUUCUGAUAUGUCAUAGAACCUGGCUUGUCAUAGAACCAGGGUAAAGGCUUUGAACUGACAGAGGGUAGGUUUUGAUUAGAUAUGAGGAAGAAAUUCUUUACUGUGAGGUACUGCAACAGGUUGCUUAGAGAAAAUGUGGCUGCCCAGUCCCUGGAAAUGUUCAAGGCCAGGCUGGGUGGGGCUUGCAGCAACCUGGGAUAGUGAAAGGUAUCCUUGCUUAUUGCAGAGGGAAUGAGAUGGUCUUUAAGGUCCCUUUCAACCCAAACCAUUCUAUGAGUCUGACAUAAAUAUAUUUUUGAUUUCUAUAAGCUAAGAAACAUUUUGUUCAUAACAAUUUAUCUGUGCCCUGGUCUUUGAAUCUAGGAAAUACAUUGCUAUGUCUGUAAGUUUAUGUGCUUUUAUAAAAGCAGCGUGCAAAGUGCCUUGAAAGAUUGUCACUUCACUGGACUGACUGCGGAUCACAAUGCCUUCCUUUGCCUCUACCUAUCUACCUGCCCUCCCUAGAAGGCUUGAAAGGUAAAAGGAAAAAAGUAUCGUUAGCUAAAUUUUGUUAUAAACGGCACCUUCCUUUAUUUUCAGAGAAGCAUUCUUUAUUGCAUAAAUCAUAACUAAAAUUCACUAUCAAAAAAAAAAACAAAACACACUGUCAUGGUGUUAUUUUAGGUAGGACUCUGCUGUAAUGCAUGAUGUCAUUGAACACAGGCUGUAUUUAUCCAUUUAUACAUCCCCCUGUACAUGUUUUGAUUAUCACAGCCACAAAUAAUUUUUCUUACAUUUCCAAAUCCGUAAGCUCAGAAAUCACAAACCUACCGAAGAAUGCAUCAUAUUAAUGUUCCUCUGCAUUAGGAAGAUAAAUCACUCCUAGUGCAGAGGUCGUAGACAGGAUCGGAAAUCCUGUCAGAGGCCAUGUACAGACCUAAGCUCUGUACAGCAGAUUUUUGAGUAGAGUCAAAAGGAGGAAUGCUGAUGGUGCUUGGUGGCUAGAAAUGACAAAGCAGAAGUGGGUAUUGACUUUGCAUGUGACAGAAAUGUGGCAACUGAACCCAAAUUCAUUUUUGUUACACCUCCAAUAGGUCUUUAGGAUGUUUUCCUCUACUCUGGAUUCUGAAUAAAAAUCACACUAUCUAGAAAUGACUGCAGCCAAAGCAGUGGAGUUCUUUCCGUACAUUCAGAUGCCAAAUGGAAAAAGAAAGAAUUUCAAAGUACUUGUUUUCAUACUUAGCAACAUGUCCACUGAGUUUAUUUUUCACUGUUCUUAUAGCUGCAGAGUUAACAGGAUACCUCUCACCAUGCUGUGAGCUGGACAAAAUAACCACUCUUCCACCCUCAAAUCCUUCUGUUCAACUGUGUAUUUUCAAACUGUUCCUUCCAAGUCAAAUAAAACCCAGUCUCUUCUUGGAAGGGUAAUACAAUAGAACUACAAUUACAGAAUUAAAUAACCGUAGAAUUAAAAUAAGGCCGGGUUAGAUGGAGCUUUGAGCAACCUGAUUCAGUGGAUGGUGUCCCUGGCCAUGGCAGGGGGACUGGAACUGGAUGAUCUUUAAGGUCCCUUCCAACCCAGACCACUCUAUGAUUCUGUGACCUAAGAUCAGUUUGCAAACACUUCCAUAGCUCCUGCUCAUCAUUUAACAACAGAGAUCAGCUGAAUAAUCAGAUAAAACUCAAUUAAGCCUUUUUGUCAUAGGGCAGUUUGAAUGUAGUCCUCUUUAUUAAAUAGUGAAAUGUUAUUGUCAAAGUUAUGACCUCAUUAAAUAAUCUAACAAAUCUGGAGUUUAGGGGUAAUUAAAUCUCUCAGUGCCUUCUUUAAUAAUUUAUUUUGGAAACAUGAGGAAAAAAAUUUUUUUGUCUUUGCAAUAAAAGAGGGAAAAGCUGAGGAAAGAUUAAUACCUAUAUUCAUAAUGCUCUGCAUUAACUGUCAUAUUUUCCAUAUAAAAACGGAGUGAAUGUUGCAAUUUAUAACUGUUAAGAUAUCUUGUGAUUUAUACCAGUCUUUAAUAGGGAAGAGAUAUUUUCCACUUGUAUUCUGUACUUUUCUGCACACUUCCAUUCAAAUUUCUUUUUAUUAAAAGCAUUUAUGGAACUGA